AACUUUCUGUUGGACCCUCGUAUGUUUGGAGAUGAUCGCCUUUUCCAUUAUCAGUUUAAGGUCAUUAUCAGUGAUGUUGCGUUGGUUUCUGAAGCAAAUAACAAUUUGGAGAUUGAAACUCAUAAAUUGAUUGAAUGAGCUACAGUCCGCUCAAUUUAAAUGCGUGAAGAGGGCUGACAACAAGAUUUUAGGCAUACAUUUUUUUAUUUUAAAUUCAUUUAGGUAUAAUAGCAUUUAAAAAUUGAAAUGGCUUUGAAAGUGUCGAAUCUCCUUCGAAAUGUGUGCAGAGCAAAUAAGAUUAGUUUUAGAGAAGUUUCUCAAUUUUACCCCAUUGAUGAACAUAUAUUUGGUCUCACAACUGAACAAAUACAAUUGAGAGAAAGUAUUUUCAAUUUCGCCCAAAAGGAAUUAGCAUCGAAGGCUAACGAAAUUGACAAAAACAACAAAUUUGAAGACCUAAGGCCGUUCUGGAAAAAACUAGGAGAGCUAGGAACUUUAGGAAUAACAGUAAAUCCAGAAUAUGGAGGAACUGGUGGAAGUUAUACUGACCAUGUUAUCAUUAUGGAGGAGUUAUCUAGAGCAUGUCCAGCUAUUGCUUUGAGUUAUGGAGCACAUUCAAAUUUAUGCGUAAAUCAAAUACAUAGAAACGGAAGCGAAAUACAGAAAGAAAAAUAUUUACCAAAGCUAUGCACAGGAGAACACAUUGGUGCCUUGGCUAUGUCAGAACCAGGCUCGGGUUCAGAUGUGGUUUCCAUGAGAACAAAAGCUGAAAAAUGUGGUGAUUAUUACGUCCUGAAUGGAAAUAAGUUUUGGAUCACCAAUGGACCCGAUGCUGAUGUCUUAGUUGUUUACGCCAAAACAAAUCCAAAUGCAAAAAAUCCGCAGCAUGGAAUAUCAGCAUUCAUCGUUGAAAAAGGCAUGCCAGGCUUUACAACGGGUCCAAAGCUCGAUAAACUAGGUAUGAGAGGAUCGAAUACAUCCGAACUCAUCUUUGAAAACUGCAAGAUCCCUCGCCAGAAUCUCUUAGGGGUGGAAAAUAAAGGAGUGUACGUUUUGAUGAGUGGAUUGGACUUGGAGAGAUUAGUACUAGCAGGAGGACCACUUGGUGUUAUGCAGGCGUGUUGUGAUAUAGCAUUUUCUUACGCACACAUUAGAAAACAAUUCAAUACGAGGAUUGGGGAGUUUCAAUUGAUUCAGGGAAAAAUGGCAGACAUGUAUACUACAUUGAGUGCCUGUAGAACGUAUUUAUACAACGUAGCUAAGGCAUGUGAUAAUAGAAAAGUGAGCAGAAAAGAUUGUGCAGGAGUUAUUUUAUAUACAGCAGAGAAAGCAACCCAAAUGGCACUGGAUGCUAUUCAAAUAUUAGGUGGUAAUGGAUACAUCAACGACUAUCCUACAGGUCGAUUAUUGAGGGAUGCCAAAUUGUACGAAAUAGGAGCAGGAACAUCAGAAAUUAGGAGAAUGAUCAUAGGCAGAAGUUUGAACGCAGAGUAUUCUUAAUUUUUAUAUAUACUAAAAUGUUCAUAAAUAAUUUUCAUGUGAUGCCGAAAUGUUCAAAUUUUCACCCUUUUUUUAAAAUGCAGAAAAAUGGAUUUCUAAACAAAACUUUACAUAAAUAAAUAUUUAUUCUACCUCAAUAAAUAAAUAAAUAGUUA